AUGUCACAUGUGCAACCAGAYGUUGCCCCAGCCAUCCACGAGAUGAAAAGCCAUGGAGUCGGCCUGGGACGCACAGCUCUGCUGAGGUGUGAGGCUGCAGCUGUACCCACACCAUCAUUUGAGUGGUACAAGGGAGAGAAAAGGAUUAACAAGGGACAGGGGAUUGACAUCAAGAACCUCAGCUCCAGAUCAGUCCUCACAGUGACCAACAUGACAGAGGAUCGCUAUGGUAACUACACGUGUGUCGCUGCCAACAUCCUGGGAAGGGCCAACGCCAGUGUGCCUCUCAUCCCAAUUAUUGAACCCACCGCAACUAGUGCUGUCUCCCGCUCAGCGCCAAACACUGCGCCGUAUGGGAGUACAGGAAGAGCGGAAGUCCUGCUGGCCUGUCGGUACCUGAUCCUGGCUCUCUCCUCCUUCAUCAGUGUGUACUAGUGGAAGGGCAGCCAUACACAAUGACUGUAAAGAGCCCUUCAAGCAUUUAUGAAUCCUUUGACAAUGCUCAUGUCUGGAUCAAAUCUGGUACAGUUUGUUGAAAGCAGUGUGGGAUAUAAUCAGCAUUACUUAUGUGGGGAUGAUCGUUUUAUUUCUGUGGAAUUUCUCAUCAUGUAAAUACUUAAAAAUCGUUAGUUUUUUUUAUUUUGAUUGUCCACUUUGUGAAUCAGUGCUCAUUGUCCCCUUUCAAAGACCAUGAAAGCUCCGAAAUGAGUUAUUUUAUUAUUCUCUCACCAGGAGGUGGUGAUGCGGAAAUUGACAUUUUCAUCUCAGUUUUUGUAAAUGGCUCAAAAGAUGCCAUUGUGUGUCCCUCAAUACAUCAAUGCAUCAUUUCCAUACCAAUGUUGUGGCCAGUAUUGAAAGUAUACAGGGUUAAAAAGGAAAGCAUCAUUUUAGAUACCAUUCAUUACAAAUUAAGGUUAGAGCAUGGUAGAAUGAUGACAUAUUUUGAGAUGUGCUAUUAUAAUAAUACAAUAGCUGAAAUGCUGCACAAUAGACAUUGGAAAGGGAACAUUUCAGACAUAUUUGAUCUUGGCCAUAUUCUAUUUGAAUGCAGAGCCUUUCAUCACACCCCCAUAACAUGUUGUCUGUCCCAAAGAAUUUUUCCUUUUUUGACUAUUGGAAUAGUAAUCUUUCUUUUCAGGCAGGGGUCCUAAAUAUAUGAUAUAUACUUGACACUCAUAUUUGACCAGGCAGUGAACAGAGUAGCAAGUGUUUACGUUAGUACUGGUAACAUACUGUAGUCUGGGGGGGGUAAUUUAAUUUACAUAAUUACCAUUUAAUCAGAAAACAGCUCACUCAUUUUCAAUACUGAAGGGAAGACAGUUUUCCUCUCUGAGGACAAUAAAGUUUAAGUUUACAGUUUUUCAUUUGUAUUUCUAUGGUUUGAGAGAGAUGCGUUUACAAGUUUACAGAGGUCCUGAACAUGAAGGGAUACUUAGGUAUUAGUAAAGAUCUUCCAAUAUAGUAAAGUUUAAGACAACAUUUAACGCUGACUAACUAUGGAUCUCGACAGAUGGAAAUAUUUUCCAAUCCCGAAAUUUACAAAUAACAUUAGCCUUCUAAUUUAAGAUCAAACUUUUAAAUAACCAAGAUGGGUUUGGUAAAUGGAGGAUAAAGAGGAUUUAUGCAUUAUGAUGUGUUUCAGUUUGAGUUUUAUGAAUCAUAUCUUCCACAGGACAAGGGAAUUAUGUCUGCCAACUUCUUAAAACACAGAUUGGUCUAAUGAACAAAACGUGUACUAUAAAACCGGAGACAACAUAGCCAUCGAGAUAUAAAUCUGAAAGCACAAAUACUGUACUUGCUGUUAUUUUUGAUUGUGUAGUGUUUUGUUUUUAAAAUAUAUAGUGAAGACAUUUUUGUUUUGGUUAAUUUUCUGUUUUUAUUAUUUUGUUUGUACUGGAAUUGUUUUCAGCCUGUUUUGUGGUAUAUGAAAAUACUGCACCAUAUAAUCUUGUUUAAAUGUAAGUAUGAUGCAAAAUGGGUCAGAAUUAUAUUUAUUAUCUUCCUUUGUGAAAACACUGUAAAAAACAACAACAAAAAAACGAUUUAAAACGUGAAUCUGGAUAUGUGAAAUUACUUCAAUGAAACACAGUAUGGCAUAGUUUAUAAUGUUGUCAAUUAAUUUAGAUGCCAUCACUGUUGUUGAUUCUUGUCAAAACAAUAGAUUAAAAAAGAGAUGUUUGCAAUCUAAUUAUCUACUUUUUGAAACUGAGGUGGUGUGAACCAAUAUAACAGUAUAAUAGAAAUGAGUCAAUUGUGUGUAUAUUUGGAGAAAAUAGGAUUCCUUUUGAUCUUAUUGGUAGAGCCGGUGUGUAGUUUAGUUUUCACACACUUGUUUGAUGAUGUGCAGAGAGUAUGAUUGUGCUGCAUGUCAAAAUUAACCUGUGUUUUAAGGUGGCCAGUUUACAAAUAAUCAAUACUUUUAUGGGUAAAACCAGUUUUAAGAAUGUUUCAGCUCUAUGACAAAAAAAAGAGCAUUGCAUACUAAAACUCACCAGGCUACAUCCAUUUGUGUUUUGUUUGAAUCUAACUUGAGUAUUUAUGUGACAAUACUGUGUUGCUAUUUUCAAGUCUUAGUAAGAGUGGCACAUUGGUGACAGCAUGGAGUGUGUUGGUUGCCUGUCUAAGCAGCUCAGAACAUGGAAUUAUUUCAUCAUGUAAAAUGUACUGUGUGUUCAUUAUUUUGAUUAUACAAUUUGGCAUUAACCAAGACCAUUUAUAUAGUCACUAUUAUUUGCAAUUUCCUGAUGUUUCCUGAUGUUAACAGACUUAAAAUUACACAUUUGAGUUAAAGAGCAACUGCCCCUAAAAACAAACGUCUCCUUUUAAAAACAGCCUAUGCGGUAUCGAUUUAAGUAAACAGGAUCAUUUAGAUCAUYAAGUCAGUCUUGUCCAAAACCGAGAUUUGCGAGAUGAUAGGAAAACAUMUUAUGUAAUGGAAUGAAGGGUACCGUAACAGUUUURCUUGGGUUGGGUUUAUUUCAACCCUGCCCACAGCUGGCAGCACUCAAGUAAUCAUCAAUUCAGAGUGCAGCUCCACGCGGACCGAUCUUAAUGCCCAUGGUCAAUUUGGUUUGACAUUCGAUAUCCCUAUUGGGCAUUUCAAUAGCUCCGAAUUUCAAUAACUUAACCUCAAACCAACAAUAAAUUGUAGAAAUUCAUAUACAAAUAUUGAAAGCAUUCAAUGAGACUAAAAGGUGUCCAACAUAAAAAUAUUGUCCCAUUUACAUUCUGUCAUUUUUUUGACAGUCCCUAACUAGCCCCAAAGAUAGGCUAUCCACAGUCAAACCAACUCUGCCACAGUCCCACACCAGCCAGCUGAAGCUAAUUGGUGAAUGAAGUUGGCUAGCGAUAGCUAGCCUCGGCAAUUUCGAGUUACAAGACCUGGUUAGACUGUUUCAAGUUAUCUAGAACYGGGUUUUCCAAACUUGGUCCUGUGACCCCGCUGGGUGCAUAUUUUGAGUGAAUGUGCAAACACUUGCCACGUGUGAACACACAAAAAAAAAAUUCUUCACAAAAGUAGUGCUGUCUGUAGCACAGGUAAACAAAAAAAWUAUAAUGAUCCCUCCCCCCUCCAUCUAUUGAGAUGUUUCCUAGACAGUGUUUGAUGCGGACACCACUGUGCCACAGUCCACUAUACCAAUCCAGGAUGCAUUUGGGUAAAAAGCUUGUGCUGUUUAAAUUAGACUAACAUACCUGGGUCAUGUUCAUUAGGGUACACAACAGAAAAAACGCUUUAAAAUGUUUUGCAAUGGAAAACUAAAUUGAGUGUUUCUUAUUGGACAGGAAGGAACAGGGUUUCUUUUUUGACAAAGAGAUAAAUUAACAUGACUUUUCCACUCUAACUUUAAGAGGUGGGRCACAACAACAGUUGUAAUUUCAACAGAGGAUAAUCCAAAUCAGAGUACAUUUGAAAACCAAGGUUGUGUUUAUUAGGCUUGAACCAUGUUCAUUCCUCACUUUGUCAAAAAUGAGGCCCUGGCACACAUCUGCAGAGGUUAUCCCCCUGUGAAUAAGGUGACCUGUCUCUGUGCUAGCUGUUAACAGAAAAUCAUUCAGCUUUCACAUUUCAGAUAAGAGGAUAUUUAAGUAUUCAUGCAAUUACGACCAGGCCAAGCUCUGACUUUUCCCUUGAGUUUUACCACUGCAGUAUUGGGGACGACUUKAAAGAGUGUUCUUCAACUCACCUGAUAUUGUGAUAAUCCCUCAAUUUAAACGUUCAACGCUUUGAAUACAGAAUAGAAGGCAUUGUUUUGAAUAAUGAAACAACAGCUGUCAAAUGAGUCCACAAGGGGAACAAGUAAUGUACUGAAUGUGCCUUUAAAGUAUUUAAAUAAUACGUUAGAUACCAUAUCCUAGCCUCAUUUAUAAAACAAUUAUUGCACCUCUAGAUAAGGCCCUUGGAGAAAGGUCAUUUACAGGGCAUAAGUAUUUCAACAAAAUCAAAAGAUUCAUGAUUGCUUAAUCAUUCCACAUCUUGAAUUCGCUGUAUGUUAUCGCUUAAACAUCACCAGUCAUAUUAAGCUGUUCAAUAAUACAAGCAAUGUGCUACAUGCAGGUUAAGAUCAUUUGAUCAGAUGUGGAUAAUUUCCCCCAUUUUGUCUGCAACUAUUUGCUUGUAUUGGGUUUAUGUGGUAAAAUGUAAAAAAUAAAAAAUAAAUGAUCAGGCUUCAUACAGUGUUUCAUUGCAGUAUGCUGUGAAAACAGUUGAUUUCUUGUAGAUAGUGUAAUAGUUACAUUCCAAGCAAAAUACAGUAAAACAACACCCAGUUAGUCAAAAGCAUCCUCAGCUAAAAUCAAUCCACAUCGUUAUAGGAAGUCAAUGAGAGUAUGGGCAAACCUUAUUUAAGUGUGUUUUUAUUGUAUCUUUAUAAUUUGAUUACUGAUUACCSCUGCGUGGCUCCCGAGUGGCGCAGCGGUCUAAGGCCCUGCAUCUCAGUGCUAGUGGUGUCACUACAGACCCUGGUUCGAUCCUGGCCGUGAUCAGGAGUCCCAUAGGGCGGCGCACAAUUGGCRCAGUGURGUCCGGGUUAGGGGUGGGUUUGGCUAGGGUAGGCCAUUGUAAAAUAAGAAUUUGCUCUUAACUGACUUGUCUAAUUAAAAAAUGACUGCACAAUACUCAGAACUCAGGAAAGAUACACCCAUUUUUUUAUGUMAUAUCGUUGGUGUGCAUCUCUGAGCGAUGUUCUAUCAAUUCCUGGGGUCAUUURAUUGUGUAUCUGAGCUAUUGCCGUUCAAGCAGACAAAACUCGUCAUACCAGCUGCCAAUGGAUAGAAAAGCAUUUGACGUGUUAGUCAUUUAUCAGACUCUCUCUACAAUUAGGGAKGUUUUCAGACCCCAAAAGUAGAAUAAUGUCAAGAUGAGUCAAUUUCUCAUGUCAUCUGUUGUGUAGAUCCAGCCAUAUGCCUUUCUCUUUUCCAUUAAUUUGUAGUUGGGGCUUACAGAUGGAUCUACAAGGUACAUGGUGUGGGACGUGGACUAAUCUCAACAUAUGACAAACUUAGUUUUUGGAGUGAACUGUCAAUUUAAUGUGAAACUCAGUAGCUAAUGUAAGAUUCCAUUGAAUCACAGUGCCAAAACCGAAGUGCGUGGCCACUCCCGAUUGUUAUCUCAUCAACACACACAAUAGUAAUUGAAACAGCAUCAUUUGUAAGUCUACUAUUGUCUUGUAAAACAUGUGUAACGGAGUUAASAACAUACCAUAACCUCACUCCACAGCUAGCUUGAAAUGUCRCCGAUGGCGCAUCUUUUGUAUAGCUAGAACAGUUUAUAUUUUGUCAUGCGGGCGGUCACGUGUGUUGGCGAGGUAGAGGACGCUGGUUCAAGCCCAGUCAGAGGCAAGUUCAGGGAGGCAAAGCUUUUAUGCUAACCUAGCACACMGGCGCCGGUUAUACAAUCAUACUUAGACUAAAUGACCCGGAAGAGUUAUUUGACACUUGUUUAUGCUAUGUCAAAAUUUSAGAAUUUACAUUGGUGACUGUUACUCAGGCUUUGAGUAUUGAAAACAGUUUAUUUCUUGUCCUCGAACAACUUGCUAUUGCUUGAUUGGCAGUAUGAGAGGAUAUGCUGUUGUUUAUCGAGAUGAUUAGGAUGCUGUCCGGCCUCUUUCUCUCUUGCUUUUGCCUGGCUCUUCACAAAGGCAUCUGRUGGCUGAGUGAAUGGAGAAUGGCCAGAGCCGUUCUGAGAGAGGCGAUUCCUCUGACCCUGCGGUUAAUAAAAUCCUUCCUGUGCCUUUGUCAAUUUUUACUGGCCGAUUUUGUCAAACGCUGGAGGUGCUGCCUGCUCGGGCCCUCUGUGUCCACUCCCUGAGCAGCAUACUGAGUAAAAACCUCUGUGUUUUUAAAGUACUCACAUUCAACUCAGUGAAUACGCUUGUAGCACAGCAGGCAAGAGCUCUCCUCGCCCCUGUCAACCCGAGCCACAGACCCCUUCUACAUUUUUGAUAACUGAUCUUCAGGCGAGUCUUCAUACAGCAUUGUGUGGUGGAAAAUAGUKAUGUAAAAAA